UUUCACAGGUUACACACAUAAUUUGGUGAUAAUCAUAGCUGAUUUCGUGAAAUUACACCUGUGAGCUGUUCUUUUCAAGAUUUAGUGCCUAUCAUUUGGGAAACUUCCUACUCCAUUUGAAGACUUUGUACAGUGCACGAUGACGUUACUACCACCGACAGCAGAGCAGCAGAAACGGAUAAAUGAGGAGGUUCCGACGGAUCCGGAAAUGAGGAAGCGAGACGUGGCUGCCAUUCGCGAAUGGCUGUCGAAACAGCCUCAUCUGCCUAAUCAUAUGGACGAUACUAGACUCGAGAGAUUCUUGUUUGGUUGUAAGAAUAGCAUAGAGCGAUGCAAGUUGAUUUUGGAACGAUAUUUCAGCGUUCGGACAGCCAUUCCCGAGUUUUUCGCCGUUCGAGAUCCACUUGUACGAGAGAUCCAGGAAUGCUGCGAAGCGAUCCAUUAUUUCGUUCUACCAUCACUGACGGACGAGGGCCACCGAGUGAGCGUUUUAAGAUUGAAAAAUACAGCGAUAGAGAAAUUUUCCAUCCAAGCCAUCUCCAGAAGGAUUCUCAUGGUCCUGGAUACUCGCCUGAUGGAAGAACGUUGUCUGUCGAACAUUAUGGUGAUCGAUCUAGAGGGAUUCAGCGUAGUACACUUUACCAAGUGCAGUCCAACCCAGAGCAUUGUCCGGAAAUCGAUGUUGGCAGUGCAGGAUAGCAUGCCAUUGCGCCUGCAGAGAGUCCAUUUUCUUCACGCUCCUGCAUUCAUAGAAAGUAUCCUCAAUAUAUUUUAUCCACUGCUGAAAGAUCGACUAGUUCAGAAGUUCCGUAUUCACACUGGUGGUGGUGAAGAAUUGCAUUCCUAUAUGGACAAGGAUAUUCUUCCAAAUGAGUGGGGUGGUAAAGCAGGCACCUUAGACGAAUUGAAUGAUUCGUGGAAAAGAAAAAUUGAGAAAAACAGAGACUGGUUCUUGAGAGAAGAGAAGCUUAGUAAGGCGAAUGAGAGUGCCAGACUUCCGGAAUCCAAAUCGAGGCUGUUGGUGGAAUUAGAUGGAAUGCAAGGAUCUUUCAGACAAUUAAAUAUCGAUUAAGAUUUUAUACGAAAUAAUUAAGAUAGGACUACUAAACGCUUCCGAACAGCAGAAUGCGUUCCAGUGGGUACAUUGAUAUUGGAAUAGAAGCAAACAUUGUUUAAUUUGACGAUUUUAUCAU